GACUGCCUUAUAAGUUGGGAACCCCUCCAUAAACCAAAAAUCGAUUCAUGAGGUUUAGCACGCGGUACACUCGUAUGAACGAUCAUGGACAAUAUUCAUUUCAUCAAUGAUCGCGUAUCCAGCGAGGUGGAUGUGCGACUCGUCGUCAUUCCACUCGCUAUUAUUCUGUGGAUUGGUUAUGCUGCUAUAUUUCGAACGGAGGCCAUCGGCAAAGCGGAAGCACCAGUGCAGCUCAAAGAUCCUAUCCCUUUUAUAUUCAACACUUUCCAAAACUUGACCAAUAUGGGGGCGUUUCUAGAGAGGGCUAUACCCCUAUUACGGGAGAGGAAAGUUAUUAGGUUCAACCUGGCACUGAGACCUGUCUAUUGGAUAACAGGCCCCAAUCUUGUCCAGAAGCUAUUUGUCACAAAUUCGUCGUUGAAUUCAAAUAUAGUCCCUCUUAUUCUUAUAGAUAAGUUAUGGGGAGUUCCUAAAGAGGAAUCUAAGAGAUUUGCAAACGACAAAACCGGUCGUUUGACGUCUCCCAUACCGGGCACGAUGACCAGUCCAGAUCAAAAGCGUUUAUGGCAUACGGAACAUCAGAUCUACGACAAAUAUCUCACCCAGCCUCCUUACAGCAACCAAUUAGGCCAGCAUUUCUUUGAUGUGCUAGUGAAGAAGCUUGACGAAUUCCCUACCACCGAAUGGACCACUAUCAACCUUUUUAACUUUAUGAGAUAUGCUAUACCCGAGUGUGCCGUUAUCACCAUGUUUGGACCUCGAAUGCUUGAACUCAACCCAGACCUUGUUGAUGCUCUCUGGGGCUUAGAUGCCAACCUUGGGAAGCUAGUCUGGGGUUUACCUAGCUUUAUUACCCCUCGGCCGUAUAAGAUACGAGAUAAACUGCGUGCAAUGAUGGCGAAGUACCUUGACGCCGCAUGGGCUAACUUUGACUGGAAUGGGCCUGAUGCAGAUUCAGACUGGGACGUUCACUUCGGUGCACGAGUUUCUCGGGAGAUAGCAGUAUGGAUGAAAGAAAAUGACCUCUCGAUAGAAACUGCAUCCGGUCACACUAUGGCGAGAUUGUUUGGGAUCAAUGGAAAUAGUGUCCCGUCGGUGACGUGGGCCAUAAUGGAAUCUCUGCAGAGGCCUGGCCUUCUACAAGACGUACGAGACGAAGCUCAAAAAGCAAUUACAGUCGACGCAAGCACCGGAGAACGCCACAUAAAUACGCAAAAACUUCUAGCAUCGCCCCUAUUGCAGGCCAUCUUCCAAGAAACAUUACGCAUGCACACAUCAUUUAUGCUGACCCGAGAGGCUCGCGAAACUAUUUAUAUUGGCGGCUAUCGUAUAGGAAAGGAGUCGCUAAUACAGGCUCCUACGGACGUAGCUCACUAUGAAGAGGCUGUCUGGGCCAUUGAUGGGCACCCGGCGUCUGAGUUCUGGCCGGGGAGGCAUAUUCGGCUGGUAGAAGGAAAAGACGAAUCCGGAAAUCCUAUCACUCAACCAGAAUUUUUCGCAAAGGCUCGUCCUAGUUCAUUCUUUCCAUUCGGAGGAGGCAAUGUAGUCUGUCCUGGGCGGCACUUUGCAAGGCAACAAAUCAUCAUGGGCCUGGCUAUCAUAGUGUCUAAAUUCGAUAUAGAAUUCAUCGAGUGGACAACCUUAGACGGCAAGAAGUCCGACCGGCCACCCAGAAACAGUAAAGACUUCGCCGGCACGGUAUCAACUCCUCCGGACCGGGAUAUGAAGAUUCGGUGGAGGAGGCGUUGGUAGGAUGGAUGAUUAAGCUUUUCGAACAAUCUUGGAUUUGAAUACAUACUCGCAAGCCUCGCUAUAUCACUCGUCUUUGUUCUAGCCCACUAUUCAGUAGACGAAUGAAUUGCCAAUACCUCGUUAUCCGUACAUCUAUCUGAUGGAGCCGGUCUACAUCCAUCCAAUCAUGAGAUCACGAGCUGCGCUCAAUCCGACGAGACGAUUAAUUUGUGUAACUAAACAAGUAAUAUCAUGCGAGUUGUAUACAAGAUUCUAUCCUCCCUUCCCACGCUU